UCAUAUUUUGAGCGCAUCGAACAUCGUAUCGAUACGAAGGUGAAGAUGAUACGCACACCGUGAUACGCGUAUCAGGAUCCCUCGUGUGAAGUUGUACCUAAUGAUACAAACAGCCAUAAUACAUGGUCUCGAUUACAACCAGUUUCACGCCGAGUCUGUUUUUAUUCUAUCCUCAUCCUUCAGUGAUACGGAUACGGCGUUAGUGUGGACGUGUGGUCCAAUAAGAGUGCACGUAUCAUUCCGUCGCACGCGCUGCGUUCACUAUGAACUGGUCCAACGAAAAGGUUUUAAAGUACAUCAGUGCCUAUAGAGAUAAGGAGGUGUUAUGGAACCCGACACAUAAGAACUAUUAUAACAGGAACUCGAAACAGGAAGCAUGGGACGAACUGUCCGUUGAAAUGAAAUGUACCGUUCAAGAACUGAAAAAGAAAAUGGACUACUUGUUAGCGGCUCUUCGCCGCGAAAAGGCGAAAAUAAAGAAAUCCAACAAAACUGGUUUAGGAGCUGAGGUAUACCAAUCCACUUGGUAUCCCUUUAAAUAUAUGCAGUUCCUUUUGAACAGAAGUAAACAAUAUCAAAAAAAUUUUACUGAACAAGAGCAGCAUGAAGACCAUGAAUUCGUCACGCGAGCACCCUCAACAGGAAGUAUCACGUCUGAGGAACAAGUCACCUCUCGUAAUACCGACUCUUCAACAUCCACGGUCAGGACUAAACAAAAAUAUAGGACAUUUGUCGCACAGAAAGACACGAGAAUUGAACCGACUUUUGACAUGCCGAAUUCACCAAGCUCGCUUACCAAGACCACAAACGCAGAAGCUCAAGCGGUCACCGAAUUAGACGAGUAUCAGCUGUACGCGAAUUAUUUAGCCGCCAAGUUUAGGACUUAUUCUAAACUAACCUACAUUGACGUACAGCACCAAAUAAACAAUCUCUUGUAUCAUACAGAUUGCGAGCAAUACGAAUACCGUCGUGGAUAUUAUAACGCUCAGAGGUAUUUACCGUACAACACGGGGGAGACCUCGCCGUCGCCUCAAAUACCGACCACGGUUGAAAAUCUAGUUCCUGAAAUGGACAAUUACCAGGAAUCGCCACAAAAUUAUUCUUUCAAUCAACACGUGGAAACGAGCCAACACAGUCCAUAAUUUCUUUUUAUAUAUAUUCUUUAUUGCACUUGUAAAUUACAUUGUUAAUGCAUUUGUAAAUAUUUUGAGCAAGGGUGGACUUAUCUCUGACAGAGAUCUCUUCCAGUCAACCCAACCCUUUUUAAAUAAAUUCUAAGUUAUUUAUUUGUAAUAUUACUUGUAUGAAUUAAAAAAUAAGCUUCACUUUGCAUUUAAAAAUAUAUAAAUGAAAAAAAUAACAUAGUAGAGUAAAAAAUCACGAAUUCUUUUUUUCCUGUGCUUGUUUUACAUUCUAAAACAAUCUGCGCGAUUUAA